CUUUGACCUGGUACGAGGCCAUUUCUCCCUCGAUAACCUUUUGCGAGAUUGCAAACGACACUGCCUUUUAAUAUCGCUUUGCGGGCGUCUUUUUGCGCAAAUCCGUUUUCAGGUUAUCAGACUUUUCCGUCUGUGGGUUUGUUCACUCGUUGCAGCCGAUACGAAUUACCCAUUCAAAGUGUUCGUUGUAUUUAAUCUUGCGCUGUUGGUGCACACACACGGUCUGUAUGCCCAGGGCUGCAUGUUUUUGAGGUGGACACGUUACACGAAACGAAACUUCCUUUUGAUCUGCACGCACAACUGCUGAAGAACUAAACUAGGAAAGAACUGUCAGGCUGGUGGAGUGGACAGCGUCACACAAACACAAGCCAGGAACAGCUGCAGUUACACGACAUACAGUCGACCCUGCCGAAGACCACUUGGGUUAAAGAUCCUCUUGGGUUUAAUCCGGGAUACUGCCACAGACUUCUGAGAGACACACCGAGGAUGGAAAACCUGCGUCUUGGAUUUGUUAUCAUCUUUCUAUUCGCUAGUGCCAGCAGCCUGCAGCUCUGCAAGCAAUGGGAAGAUGGUAAAAACGGGGAGGUGUGCUGUAACGGUUGUGAAUCAGGCGCCUACAUGGUCAAGAAGUGUGGGAAAGAGCAGAGUCAGCUGUGCAGUCCCUGCAUGCAGGGCUCCUUCAACACAGAUCCCACCAAGAAACAGUGCACCCCCUGCAGGACCUGCCAAGGUAUACUGAAGGAAGACAAGCCCUGUACGAAUGUAACGGAUGCAAAGUGCACUUGUAUCGAGGGCUACAGGUGUGUAAGUGAGAACUGUGAAAGAUGUGCCAAGGUGUGCCAACAAGGACAGGAGCCCACAGACACAGGAGACUGCCAGCCGUGCCCUGCAGGCAAGUUCAACACUGAGAAGAAUGGGAAGUGUAAACCCUGGAGAACAGAAUGCCCCCCGGGAGAGGUCGUGUGCAACAACGGCACGGCAGAAAAGGAUAUUGAGUGUGAGCCCAUCCCCCCAGAUGCAGACCCGAACAUCUCUGUGGUCAUUGCUGCUGUUAGCUCCAUGUCCCUGGCCGUGGCUGCCAUGUUUGGGCUGUACGUGGUCAAAGUGACCAGGAAGAAAAAGGAGAAAGUCGGAGCGCCAGAGUCCAGGACUCGAGUGAUUCAGGUGGCCCAGGCAGAGGAGGAUGCCUGCAGCUGCCGCUACCCGGAGGAGGAGCAGGGAGGCGGGGAGGAAUCGGAGGAUCUGGACAGCAAGCUCAUGGAGGUGUGAGAGCACGCAGACGGAGAGACUCCCUGCAGAGUCACAGAGCACAACACUUAUUUAGCUAAACAGCAUCGACGCGAACAACACAGGGUCCAGAAUCAGCCGUCGCGGAUUGCUCUGUUUAUUUAUACUGCAGGGGGGUGUGUGUGAUUGAAAAAAACAGUUUGACAGAAAAAAAACGAGGUGAUGAGUUUCUGUUGUGAGGUGAAGCUGAAAUAGCACAGCUGGGAUAGAGGUGUGUGUGUGUGUGUGUGUAUAAUCUCUGCAACAGGUCAACAUGUUAUUUCUAAGACUGAUGUUGUAAAUGUGUGCUAGUGCACACUGUAAGAACUUCUUUAUAAAUUCUUCAGCCUGAACAGUGUUUGAUGAUAGCAGGGCUCAUGCUGCAACAGGACACAGAGUACAGACCUGCAUGCGAGUGUCUGUGUGCUUUAUCAGUAUGAUUGAAUGAGGGAUGGCAAUAAGAAUCCUAUUGCAUAGCAGUUUCACCCGUUGCAAGCUUAAUGCAAUCAGCUGAUCUCGACACAGCCACAGUUUAUACAUUACAAACAGGGCCAAACCUGACACUGUACUUCAUGCAACGAAGACUGAACACAUGCAUUGUCGUAGCUGCUGGUCAAACUACCCAGCGGCAAAGUUAUACCAGCUUCACCCAUUCCAGGUUUUAACAUGUGCUUGAUUAGCCCCAGGGUAUAGGUAACAAGCACAGGUGCGUCUUAUUAAACUCAUAGUAAAACCAGGAUUGGAUCAAACUGCUAUGCAACGGGAAUCUUAUUUCCAUCCCAGCGACUGUGCUCACUGGCUAGACUUCCUUAGACAUGAAUACAUUUCUGUUUAGUACAUUAUUAUUCCCUUUUAUUUGAAACGUUCCCAUCCUGAUUUGAGGGUGUUUAAAAACCACGACCAUGUCUGUUACACCGAAACCAGGCAGCAAACAGAAUCGAAGGUUUCAUUUCUUACCUGUGAAAUACCCCAAGGCGUGCGUUCCACUGGGUCAUCGCCUGUCACAUCCAGUGUUGAGAAGCAUCACACAGGGUCGAUGCUGACUGGGACGGACCCCCCCCCCCAAACGUGAAAGGGAACCCCCGCCACGUGGAUCAUGCAGUCAGCAGCGUGAGUCAGAGGUGCGAAGAUGGGAAUCCCCCAUCCCCCGAGCUACCACAACUUCCCAAUUCCAUCUGCCCUGCUAGAUAAGCGGGAGCAUUGCGAAAGAGAGCAGCCUUGCGCAAUGAGAGACGGGGCUGUGAAAGGCUGUGUAAGACUACAAGGAGACGCUUCCCCAUUCACAGAAAGUGGGGCCAUGUACCUCCAGUGCAGGAUGAAUCAGGUUCCAAGAAGCACCAGAAUAUAGAUUCAAUAAAACAUCUCAAAAGUAAAUUACGAUGGACAGUAGUGUUUUGAACUGCACUGUUACUGUGGCUUCUGAGCAGGAACCUGAUUUCUAACAAUUUGAUUUUCUGUUAACACUUCAUGUAUUUACCUGAUCCUUAUUUUUAUAUAUACUGUACAAACACGUUUGGAUAUUUUGAGUGUAUAUAUCAGGGCGUAUGUUUUUAAGGGGGUGGGGGUAUGUAUGAAUAUGUAUUUAUGUUUUUUUUAAGCAUCGCUCCCUAGUAAUGCAGGACGUUCUUAUUUGUAUUACCUGAUAUUUCAGGCCUGUGCCAAGGCGUUGUGUGAAUGAAUGUCUCUAGCGCUGGUACCAGGGUAAAUGAAGGCUGACUGCCGAGCUGCACUCUCUCUCUCAGAUACCUCACUAGUAUUGUGCACUUACUGGAAACCAAGCUGUGAAGUCAUUUUAACCAUGCAACGAAGCACUGGUUCAGCUGUACACAUUGUUUUUUACAUGCAUAUUUCUUCUAGAUACAAAAUGUGAUAAAAAAAAUGUAAACUGAUAAAUAAAUUGUAUUUUCUUUUAAUAUA